UCCAGAAGUCUCUGGAGCGUUUUGCGUGGCGACUUCUCCGUCUUUCCACAUCUCCGUGUCGAGUCCUCUCUCGAAAUGUCUUCCUUCUCCGAUCGUAUCCAUAUAUAUAGCUACCUCCACCGAUUCAGAUCACUCAUCAAGCAGACUAACGAAUCAAACAAAUAGCGAAAUCUCACAGCAAACAAUGACGACAAAAUCCGAGAAAGCCGUCGGAAUCGACCUCGGCACAACAUACAGCUGCGUCGGAGUGUGGAUGAACGACCGCGUCGAGAUCAUCCCCAACGACCAAGGAAACCGCACUACACCUUCCUACGUCGCCUUCACAGACACCGAGCGGUUAAUCGGAGACUCAGCGAAGAACCAAGUCGCGCUGAACCCUCACAACACCGUCUUCGACGCGAAACGUCUCAUCGGGAGGAGAUUCUCCGAUCCUUCCGUCCAGAGCGACAUGACUCACUGGCCGUUCAAAGUCGUCUCGGGACCCGGAGACAAGCCGAUGAUAGUCGUCUCGUAUAAGAACGAGGAGAAGCAGUUCUCUCCCGAGGAGAUAUCUUCUAUGGUGCUGAUCAAGAUGAGAGAAGUCGCCGAGUCCUUCUUAGGUCACGCGGUUAAAAACGCCGUCGUAACGGUCCCUGCUUAUUUUAACGACUCUCAGAGACAAGCGACGAAGGACGCGGGUUCGAUCUCGGGUCUCAACGUUUUGAGGAUAAUUAACGAACCGACCGCUGCGGCUAUCGCGUACGGUUUAGAUAAAAAAGGGACGCAAACCGGUGAGAGGAACGUUUUGAUUUUCGAUCUCGGGGGCGGGACGUUUGAUGUUUCGCUGUUAACGAUCGAAGAAGGCGUCUUCGAAGUGAAGGCUACGGCGGGAGAUACUCACCUCGGAGGGGAAGACUUUGACAAUAGGUUAGUUAACCACUUCGUUGCGGAGUUUAGAAGGAAGCACAAGAAGGAUAUAAGCGGGAACGCGAGGGCGUUGAGGAGGCUGAGAACGGCUUGCGAGAGAGCGAAGAGGACGCUUUCCUCGACGGCUCAGACUACUAUAGAGAUUGAUUCCUUGUACGAGGGGGUUGACUUCUACGCGACGAUAUCGCGCGCGAGGUUUGAGGAGAUGAACAUGGAUUUGUUCAGGAAGUGUAUGGAUCCUGUUGAGAAAGUUCUAAGGGAUGCAAAGAUUGACAAGAACCGUGUUCAUGAAGUUGUUCUUGUCGGAGGAUCGACUAGGAUUCCGAAGAUUCAGCAGCUUUUGCAAGAUUUUUUUAAUGGGAAGGAGCUUUGUAAGAGUAUUAACCCUGAUGAAGCUGUUGCUUACGGAGCCGCGGUGCAGGCGGCUAUUCUGACCGGUGAAGGGAGUGACAAGGUGCAAGAUCUGUUACUUCUUGACGUGGCGCCGUUGAGUCUUGGGCUAGAGACGGCGGGUGGGGUGAUGACUGUGCUGAUCCCGAGGAACACUACUGUUCCUUGUAAGAAGGAGCAAGUGUUCUCGACCUAUUCUGAUAAUCAGCCUGGUGUUCUGAUCCAAGUGUACGAAGGAGAGCGUGCGAGGACCAGAGACAACAACCUUCUCGGAACGUUUGAGCUCAAGGGGAUCCCUCCUGCGCCGCGUGGGGUUCCUCAGAUCAAUGUGUGUUUUGACAUAGAUGCGAACGGGAUCUUGAACGUGUCGGCGGAGGAUAAGACCGCAGGCGUGAAGAACCAGAUCACGAUCACGAACGAUAAAGGGAGGUUGAGCAAAGAGGAGAUUGAGAAGAUGGUGCAAGACGCUGAGAAGUAUAAGGCGGAGGAUGAGCAGGUGAAGAAGAGGGUCGAGGCCAAGAACUCGCUUGAGAAUUAUGCUUAUAACAUGAGGAACACUGUUAAGGACGAGAAGCUGGCGCAGAAGCUGGAUCAGGAAGAUAAGCAGAAGAUAGAGAAGGCGAUUGAUGAGACGAUCGAGUGGAUUGAAGGGAACCAGCUGGCGGAGGUUGAUGAGUUUGAAUAUAAGUUGAAAGAGCUGGAGGGGAUUUGCAGCCCGAUUAUCUCGAAGAUGUAUCAGGGAGGUGCUAGUGCUGGAGGUGCGAAUGAUGGUAUGCCAGGAGACGGUGGCUCUGGUGGCUCUGGUGGUGGUCAAGGUCCAAAGAUUGAAGAGGUCGAUUAGAGCGGUGGUGUGAAGACAAAAGUGGGGAGUCUUUGUGUUGUACUUUUGUGCCUGAAGUAUCUAAAAGAGGUGUUUUGAUAGUGUGAUGAAAGUAAUGUAGUUGUGUAUGCUCUUAUGUAAGUUUGUUUCAAAGUAAUGUUUUUCUCAUAAUACUUAGUUCGUA